AUGUCCAUAAAAACUAGCCGUUUUAAUCUUCCAAUUAUAACACUAACCAUAUGCUUUGUAAUCGCCACUAUUGCAUGUCCCAUCAACGGCUUGGAAUCAAGGAAGCUUGAUGAGAACAGUGUACCAGGUGACCAAGGCGUCAAGUGUACCCCAUCAUGUGUACAAAGUCCUCCACCACCGUCGCCACCGCCACCAUGCCCUCCACCACCUUCACCACCGGCACUGCCACCACCUACACCAAAAAACCCGCCAACUCAAUACUGUCCACCACCACCUAUUCCGCCAUCCUUUAUCUACGUAACUGGUCCGCCAGGGGAACUGUACCCUGUUGAAAAUUUUUAUGGUGCAAGCCGGAAUCUCAAAGUGGGGUUAUUGGCUUUGGUUUCUGGAUUCUUGGUCCUUCUUGCUUUCUGA